AUGUAUCUGUUGGGCGGACGUGGUUAUGCAUAUACAGAUCCAUGGUCCUAUGGUGAUUGUAGUUGUUCCUUAUCAGCUACAUGUAUCGAACAAUCAUCAAUGUUUCGAUAUUCUAAUGGAAGAGUAUUAUAUUCCGUGCCUGGUAUGUAUACUGGAUGUUAUAUAGUUGAAUCACUACUUCAAUCCAAUCUUCAAUGUUUUUAUAAUCAAACUUGUAUAAAUAAAGUAGUAUCAUAUUUCGUAACACAUCCACUAAUGAAUACAACAGCUCUUAACAACUCAUUACCAAGCCAGUUUUUGCCAAACUCAACACUUAAAGAAGUUAUCAAUGAGAUAAUGGUUGAACAAUUUAUUCCAUCAAUAAUAUAUAAUAGUUAUUACAAUGCAUGUCAGCCAACAGAAUGUACUUACACUUAUCAAACAAAGAAUAGUAUUAUCUAUAUUGUAACGACACUGAUUGGUCUACUUGGUGGUUUGAUAACAGUAUUGAAAUUGAUCGUACCACCAGUAGUGAUGUUUAUAAGAAAAGAGAAAGAACGAUCACGACCAGACAUUGCUAUCCUUCUAUUAUAUACUUCUUUGAUUAAUGUAACACAAACUGUGAAUGUCAACGCACCUACCAUGACAAAAUAUUUGGACUUAUAUUCAACAUAUUCACAAGCAUUAACAUGCCCAUGUAAACAAGUAUCUAUCAGUUAUAAUACAUUUAUUUCCAUUGAAUAUACAUUUCAUCAAAUAUGUACUAGUGUUUUUAUUAGUCAAGAUUGGAUUGAUUAUCUUUCUAAAUCUUACGGGAGCAAUGGCGUACAUAUGCAUGACUUUCGUGACACAAGUCCAUUUACAUUUCAAGCCUUGAGUACUCUUUGUGAUUUAAUCAAUCAAACCGUCUCUAUUCGUCUGAGUCAGUUUAAUUCAAGUCAAUAUGUUAGUGCAUCUGUGACAUCAUCAGAUGUGUUUAAAUCUCAAGCUCAGUCAUUGAUAGAUCAAUUCAGAUUAUCAGCAACUAAUGAUUUCUUGUUAUCACUCACUACAAUACGAAACACAACUCAAAGUAAUGCUUUAUUUUCUGGCCUACAAACUAAUUAUUAUUUCAUUACACAAAAUGAUACAAAAUGGCCAGAUCCGUAUCCAGUAGCGUAUGGUAACUGUACUUGUUCAUAUUCACCUAAAUGUAUCGCGCAAUCUGGUAUUUACAAUUAUCCAGAUCCAACGAUUUUAUUCAGUGUACCGGGUAUUUAUAUUGGAUGUUAUGUAAUUGAAUCAUUACUUCAAUCAGAUCUUCGAUGUUUUUAUAAUCAAACAUGUAUAGAUCAAUUACAAGCACAUUUCUUAUCGACUUCUUUGAUGAAUAUAACAACACUUGACGAAUCAUUGUUAGGUAAGCUUCGGAAAAAACUCAACAAUUGA